AUGAAGAAUCAACUCAAAUUUGUUCUUUUGUCCCUUUUCGGUCUGGUAAUUAUGGUAGCAUGUGAAGAAAGUUAUGCCCAGGUUUACUGCGGGAGAAGAUUGGCCACAACGUUGGCCUUUUUGUGUGACAACGCACUCUUGGUGAAAAGAUCAGAAGUUCAAACUCAAAACUUUGACUGGCCUUGGAUCGGUGUACACCAAGCAAGAAGUCUAGGCAGAGAGAAGCGACAAGUGGUUUCUGAAUGCUGCGACAAACCUUGUACCAUUGAUGAACUACUGUCUUAUUGUUGA